CCUUAGGUUGCCGGUUAUAGUGAAGGAAGCUGUCUUGUUUGAACCAGAAAAAAGCCAAGGACUCAACCAAAGACCGGUAUUUGUUAUGUACUUUGUUCAACGCAGUUGCUAAGCCGGUCAGUCUUUUCUCUCUACUGUUGAUUGAGAAAUGUGUGUUCUUUUGAUGCAAUGUUUUCGGUUUUGUUUAUAUUCAAAAAAAGCUUUGUACUUUAUGUCUUUUUCUCAUGUAAAUUUUGCUGGGCUUUCCUUUUUAUGUUAAUUCGUAUAGUUUUUUUUUCUUUCUAAACUAUGUUGUUUUCUUGUCUUCUUUUUAUGCUAUGAUUAUUUAUGGGAACCCUGGUGUGGUUAAGGUCAUGGGUUUUAGAGCUUUGGUUUGAGUUUUUGCUUUGUUAGGUUUAGUUUUUUUAUGCUAUGUCUAAAUUUUGGUCAUGGAUCUGCAAACAGAAUUUGAAAAGAUUAUUGGGAUUUAAUCAAGUUGUCUGAAAUUCAUAGCUGCUGGAAAUUUUCAGUUUAUGGAGAGUGUCAACAUUCAACAAGGUUGUCAUUUCUUGAGAAGCUGAUGUUAGAACUUGCUUGCUAUUUCGACAACUGAUCUCAUGUCUGGUCUGAGUACUCUCUGCAAAUUAAUGGAUUAGAUUAGAAAACUGAGAAGAAAAUCCGAUAAUUCAGUAUUAGUUUGGUAUAAUUAUAGUUUUCCUUGCCCCUAAUUGGCAUGGAAAUCGCCACUGUUGAGAACAUCCACCUCCCUGCAGUCGGAUUCCGCAACUGUUACAAGGUUGCAAGCCUUACGAAGACAAUUUUAGACACGAUACAAAUAUCGAACCUAAGAGACCGGUAUGUCCUCGGAGGACAAUUAGGAUGGGGACAAUUUGGCGUAAUUAGAGUCUGCUCCGAUAAAUUAACCGGCCAGGUUUUGGCUUGUAAAUCCAUUGCUAAAGAUAGAUUGGUCACACUAGACGAUUUCUGCAGCAUCAAGCUUGAGAUUGAAAUAAUGACUAAGUUAUCAGGGCACCCGAAUGUUGUGGACUUGAAAGCAGUUUAUGAAGAUGAGGACUUCGUGCAUUUGGUCAUGGAGUUAUGUGCAGGAGGGGAACUUUUCCAUCGGCUCGAGAAAUACGGAAGGUUUUCAGAGUCCGAGGCUCGUGUUCUUUUCAAGCACUUGAUGCAAGUAGUCAAGUACUGUCACGACAAUGGCAUCGUUCAUAGGGAUCUGAAACCGGAAAACAUUCUCUUAGCAACUAAAUCCUCGUCCUCUCCGAUUAAACUUGCAGAUUUUGGCCUUGCAACUUAUAUAAAACAGGGGGAAAAUUUGCAUGGAACUGUAGGGAGCCCAUUUUAUAUAGCACCAGAGGUUUUAACAGGGGGAUAUGAUGAAGCAGCGGAUGUGUGGAGUGCUGGGGUUAUAUUGUAUAUUCUUUUAAGUGGAAUGCCUCCUUUUGGGGGAAAGACUAAAUCAAAGAUAUUUGAUGCUGUUAGGGCGGCUGAGCUAAGGUUCCCCAUUGAUCCCUGGGAUCACAUCUCUUUAUCUGCCAGGGAUUUGGUCACUGGUAUGCUUUGUGUUGAUCCUUCUAAGAGGCUCACUUCUGCACAGGUUCUAGAGCAUCCAUGGGUUGAGGAUUGCAGACAAGUGGGUAAAGAAGCAGAUCAGCAAAACAACCCUGCUUGCCGAGAGCUUGAAGUGGGAGGAAGUUCUUUCUCAACACUCUUCAUCAAAAGAAAUCAAGAUUAUAGCUUUAGCGAUGGAUCACUAGUAUCUUUUAAUGGUCAACCUGGAACCCCUGCAUUGACCUGCAAAUCAUCGUUAUCUUGUUUCUUAGUUGAAAAUGGCAGUCCUUGUUCCGAAUCUGAAGGAUUUUCAUUUACAAGCUGUUGUGAAUCCACUGCAGCAGAGUUCUCAUCUCCAAUUCCGUCAAUGCCAAGUUUUACUUUCUUCAGUACAAUAUCUGCUAUUGAACCACUAAAUGUUUCGGUGGCAAAUAAAGCCGAGACAUCGGAGAUGAGUGCCGAAUACAGAGAAUCAAACUUAGUAAAGCUGUCUAUGUUGCCGGAUUCUUUGGUUCCAGUAUCUGUUAGGGGAGGACCUAACGGAUCCCGGCUUGCAGGCAUUCAUAGUAAACGGAACCACACAAUCAGUCUCGGUGAGAUCAAUCACUUCGAUCUCGAGGUGAACGAGUCGGUAAUCCGUUGGGCAUCCUGUACGCAUAUUCCUAGAGCCCCAUCACUUAGAUUAUCACUAGUCUGCUAGAAAGUGUUCAUACCAAGAUUGACCAUAUUGCUGGGCCGAAUGGAGUAAAUAGAACGAGAAAAUAGAGAAAGAAUUGCAGACACUGACAUUCGAAUUCUCUGAGAUAGGUACAAGAGAAAUCCGAGUUUAGAAGAAUUUUGUUUGCUUAAGCCUGUUGUGUUGAGUGAUGAUUCUUUUUUGAAUUUGUAAGUGAUUUUCAUAUGUACAGUCACAAAUUGUAAUAUUAUCCUGCUUAAUCAUCUCUAACAAGGUGCACUGUAACAUUGAGAGAAACAAUUUUGAUGCCUUGAUUGUAUGUAAAAUUGUAAAUUUCCAAAAAUGAUUAACGACUGCCCUUACAGCACUUUGCAAGAUUAGUUUUACAGUAAUGGAUAACUUUAUUCAACAAAAAACCAGGUAAUUUACUAUCUGUUUACAGAUAUGCUACACCCUACAGAAGUAGUAGGUCUAUAAUGCAGUGGGGUUUCAGUAAGGAAAUCAUAAAGAAAAUUGCAGAAUAGUUUGCACCUUUUUUAAAGCUUUCAGACGAGGGGCUUUUUCUCUUCAUCUUCAAGUUCUACACUUUCCACUUCUUCAGAAGAGGUUUCCCGAUGAUGCCUCGCAUUUACAUUUGAUGUUGGAAUCCAGGGUGCUGGUUUACUAUCCGGCAACAUCUUUAAUAUGAUUCCCAUGGCUA